GAAUCGAUCAACAAGUUAUUCAGUGAAUAUUGUAUUUUCAAAGGAUAAGAUUUUCUGUGCAUUGACGUUAGUUCCACUAGCAGUUGGAUCAAUUUUUAUGGCUCUUUUGCAAGCUGACACACCGAAAUAGCUAAAUGUGAAGGGAGUAACAUUUUUUGUAGCGCGGAUGUAUACUUGGUAAGGGUGUUAUUUGGUUUAGACGGAGGAUCUCCACUUGGCGAGACGGAGCGUUUGUGCGAACGAAACCACCUCUUCCCUACGGCAAUCUGACCAUCCCUCGAGGACAUUCCAAUUGGAAACCUCCCGGGACAUCCGACCAUGGACAUUCUUUAUGGACACGAUCGAAAACUUGGAGACAUGGAUGAACCAUGCAUGUCAGAUAUCUUGGAAAACGACAUGUUCCAUUCAACAAACAUGGAACCCGAUGCUUAUAUGGACAAUGAUUGGUUUAACAGUUUAUUUGAUGAUCCUGUUUUGAAUGACCGUAUGAUUACUGAUGCUGCACAACCUCCUUGCAUCAAAUCAGAACAUAGCUACUCAAUAAAUGAUAAUUCUAAUGAUGAUUUAAAUGUUAGCGAUGAUAUUGGAACAGAUAUUUUUGGUACAUGUUCAUCAAAUGCAAACGAUAUAUCAUUCAAACACGAAAAUGAAAGCAUCACAUUCAAAACGGAACCCGUUCAGGAAAAAGACCCAUUACUUGUACCAGUUUCCAUGGCUGCCGUAACAUGUCAACCAACCAUAAUAUUGGCACCCCAAUCUCAGCAGACGUUAGUUGAUACCACUCCUGAUUAUUCACAAAUCUGUAUAAAACAAGAACCAGUAGAUGUGAGUGAGGAUUCUAUAGACAUGAGUCCAUCAGCUAUCAGUUACGACCCUGUAAAUCUGCCUCCAACCCCCCCUAGUAGUGCUAGCAGUGAUAGUGAAGGCAGCCUGAGUCCACAAAGAUCAGCACCUUCCAGUCCCAUACGACAAACACCAAAUCGACAUCAUCAUCAGACAAUCACCACCUCUGAAUCCAAAACUUUCACCCAACCUUUAUUUCUUAAUCCGCAUCUUACCCUAUUACAGAUCCCACAAUCUGGAGUGCUAUUACUCUCUGAAGAAGAAAAGAGAACAUUAAUAUCUGAGGGUUACCCCAUCCCAGGAAAAUUGCCACUUACAAAACAAGAGGAAAAGAAUCUGAAAAAAAUCCGUCGAAAAAUAAAAAACAAGAUUUCAGCUCAAGAAAGUAGAAGAAAAAAGAAAGAAUAUUUAGAAACUUUAGAAAAAAGAGUGGAAGCUUAUAACCAAGAAAACACAGAAUUAAAACGAAAGAUGGAUUCUUUAGAAAAUAAUAACAGAUCGUUAUUAAGUCAAUUACACAAACUACAGGCCUUAGUUGGCAAAACCUCCGCAACACAAACUGGAACAGUGCUAAUGGUCCUUGUAUUGUGUUUUGCCGUCUUCCUUGGCGGUUGGUCAUCUACAUCAUUGAAUGUGGGUUACUCUUUGGGUCCGCACGUUCCUUCCUUCUUGGCCAAACCAAGUGUUGUGGUACCAUCACCAGCCAUGAAACCAUCUAUAGCUAGGGCUCAAGUAGAUGAUUAUUCUACGCCGAACUUGAAAUCCAGAGUAUUAAUGUCGUUAAAAGAUGAAAAUGAAGAUGGGGUAGAGGACUCGAUUCCGUCGGUAUUAUGGGAACGACAGAUUUGGUGUGCAGCAAACGAAGAUAUAAGUAAAUUAGCUGAUCGCGAAGUCCGACCGGAAUCUGAUAAAGACUUUCAGGUCCAAGAACUAAGAGAUGGUGCUAAUCUAGGACCUUCUGCCCCAAAUGUGGUUACUAUGACUAAAGAAGUUGAGAUUGGCAAAAAGAAUGAAACAGCCACCUAUAACCAGGAUUACCAAGCGACGAUGCAUCCCGAUAUCGCAGUAGCACCAGGUGAUAUCCUCUCAGUUAAAGCUGGUGGGAAUCUUACUGUUGAUAUUGAAACAGCCUAGAGAAAGAUAGACAGCCAUAGCUGUGCAUUUACCCAUGCAUUUGUUACAUUGUCUCAUUGGUGGUGGUUACAUAAUUUAUCAUUAUCCAGUCUCUUUAACUUUCAUUUAUAUAUUUAGAGGACCAAUCAUUAUCAAGCUUGCAUAUUUGCUCACUUUGCAUGAUAAAUGAAAUAAACAAAAAUUGGAUUCAUAUUUUAAUUGAUAAUGUUAUCAGUUCAUAUUUUCCUAUCUCUCUUGUCAAUGGUAGCCAAUUAAUACAUAGCUAAUACUCAUUGUGAUAACUGUAAAUUAUAUAAAAUAAAUUAUAGAUUGUAUUCAUAUUAACAUAACUACGUAUAUUAUACCAUUGCAAAAGGAACAAACCAUACAUAUAAUAAUAUAUUUAUAAUGAUAUAGAAGCAUUAAAAUGAUUAUUUCAUUAAGGCCAUAAAUUUAUCUAAAUUAUUUUUUUUUGUCUUUAAAUACUGAAGACAUUUUUUUUCUCGUUUUUUUAUCAUAUCAUUUUAUCAUGAACCUCUUUAAGUUACACUAAACUCCCAUAUUGUUCUUGUUGUUGAUUAUUUUAAAGGGAGAUAACCAACCAAUGUGCUAAUGUUCAGACUUUAACUCCACGUCAAAAUAUUCACGUCUGAUAGGUUGACUGAAGUGGUUUUAAUUUUGUUGUUUUUGUAUAUAUUCUUAGUAUUCUCCCUAGGUGGGAAAAAGGGGAAAUAUUUUUAUUAUGAGGUCAAUUUAUGAUUUUUGUUUAAGAAAAUAUUUUAUUUUUCUUGCAUGACAAGCAGCAAUCUAAACAUGUAAUAUAUAUCCUAUUAUUUGUUUGGGUGAAAGCUUUUUAAAGUGACACACACUACUUAGUUUUAAACCUCUUCAUAAAAUAUCUUUAAAUCUACAUAAAACCGAGAGCUUUAAAUGAUUUAUCUUAUUGUUAGUGUUAAUGAUCAAGAUACCUUUAGGUGUGUUACUAAGAUACAUAGGUAUCAUUUUAAUUUCAGAGGAUAUAAUAAUAUAUUAUGAUAGAUAUCUAUUGUUUUUUUUCUGAUCAGGGCAUUGUCUUACUUGUAGAUGUAAAAGACACAGCAUUAAUUCUUAAAUUGAUAGUAAAUGUAUUUAUUUUAUUUCAUAGCAAGACACCUGACGACAUCUUAUAUUUAGUAAGAUAGGAAAUAUUUUUUAUAAAAUAGAUUGUGUUCACUUUAUUAGCGAUCACCCUAUCACUAGUCACUAUAAAGUAUAAUAAUAUAAUUAUUAUCAAUUAUUAUAAUUGUACAUACAUUAAUAUAUAUUAUAUUAUAUAUUGUAUAAGGCAUCAGCCAGAUAUGGCGAAAGAAUUGUAUUAUAUAUUUUUGCUUGUUGAUCGUCUCUUUACUCUGGUUGUGGGUUCACUAUGGCCUUAAUGGGAAUACAGAAAUGGUGAUCUACAAGACUGUUGAUUCUUGAAUGCAAAAGUGUCUGAGGUAUAAAAUCUUUAUUGUAUACCCAGACUAAUGUACAAAGUAUUUGCAGCUACGAAAAAUAAACUUAUAUUAUAUAAAGA